AAUGUCAAAUCCUUCAUUCAUCAUUUGUCACUUUCCCAGUAAAUUAAUAAAUUUUUGGUUAUUUAUUUAAAUUUUAAAAUGACCAGAGAAAGUAUAGAACUUGGAAAUGUAACUCCACAUAACAUAAAACAACUUAAGCGCCUAAAUAGUGUGGUUUUCCCUGUAUCUUACAAUGAUAAAUUUUACAAAGACGUUUUAGAAGCCGGAGAGUUGGCUAAACUAGCAUAUUAUAACGACAUUGUAGUUGGUGCAGUGUGUUGUCGAAUAGAUACAUCGGAAAAAUCUAGGAGAUUAUAUAUUAUGACUUUGGGAUGCUUGUAUCCAUACCGGAGAUUAGGAAUCGGUACUCUUAUGGUCGAGCAUGUCUUAAAUUACGUUGAACAGGAUGGCAAUUUUGAUAGUAUAUUUUUACAUGUUCAGGUCAACAAUAAAGGAGCCAUCGAUUUCUAUAAAAAAUUUGGUUUUGAAAUUGUAGAAACAAAGGAACACUAUUACAAAAGAAUAGAGCCUGCUGAUGCACAUGUUCUUCAAAAAAAUCUUAGGAAAACUGGUCUAGUUAAUGGAAUUAUUGAUCUAUAAGGCUCAAUGGUGUAAUUUAUUUGUUAAACUAUUUUACCAUUUUUGUUAAGAAAAUUUUACCAAGUUUUUUUGUACAUACUUAAUAAACUCAAUUUGAGGUUUUCAUUACUAGUUUUAUUAUUAUUGACAGCUUUUACAAUUUUUUUACUUUACAAACUAAAUAUAUUUAAAUAAAAUACACCAAUCUAGCCAAUCGACUUACUACGAUUUUGUACACAAACUUCAAAUAAUUUAUGAGACCAAACCAAAUUAUAAACUGAUUGAUAUAAUAAAAAGUACAACAUUCAUUUUAACCA